UGCUCUCUCUCUCACUGGGCCCUGUCACUUUGUCCCUCUGCUUCGCUAACACAGCCUCCUCUUCUGCCUGGCAGGGGCCACCACAGCUCUUUCACUCCUUCAGGUGCCUGUACCUGCUCUACGCAGGGUACUGCAGCUGAUGUUGAAGCUCCUGCAUGCCCGGCAGUAAACAUAUCGGUUAAUUGUUUUCCAAAAUAAAUAAUUUACGUUACACCGGCCACAAAGGUGCUCGGCCCACCGAGCAUUUGCCCGCAUGCCAGAUUACCAGUCCAGCCCUGCAUCAGGUACUAAUAAAAUACUUACCGGUUCCUACGAGUACUUAGGUAGGUACAGUGGAAGAAAACAAGCUUAUGGGAAACAAUUCUAAAAGAAUUUUAGAGGAAAAGUAUGUUGUAAACAGUGGGGUACAGUACUGGGAAGCAAAACUGAUGUUUGGGGAAAAAUGGUCCCCACUUCAUAUUACUGGCUUGUUCUCACUUUACAAAGAGUACAAAACGCAGAACAGUCAGCUGAGAAAUCGGUCAAAGCGUUUACUUUCAGGGGUCUUUAAAAAAGGAGACAAGAAUCUGGUAUCUAACAGAAAGGAAGUCAACCACCUUCUCUUGCACUGCAGUUUUUUUAGGUCAGUUUGCACAAGAGAAUCAAGUCUCUUUACGGUAAAACGACGUGAUGCCACAUGGUUGGCAUGUAAUUCUAAAAGUCUUUAUUUUCAGAAAUCAAUCCUCCAGAGCUUGUUUUUUGAAGACAUGUUAACACUUUAUUAUCCUAGUAGUGUUUAAAUACUUUCCAUCCAGACGUCAGGCUUAUUGUGCCAGCUUUUAUGCAACAUACCCCACAGGUUACACACUAAGCACGCAAUCACAACCAGAUGUUGAGCUUCUCACCAAGCUCUCGAUCCCUUGGAUUGAAUUUCUCAGAAUGGGGCUGCUGCUCUGGGACCAGUUUGGCACUCAUUUGGUGUUGAGCAUCUUAUUGAUAUGUGACCUUACCAGUGGUCCUAAAUCAGUGCCUUGUUUGUAGACACUCCAUUUGUGGACUCCUGCCCCACCUCCUAAGCAGAGCAGCAGAGACGCACUGGUCUCAAGCCUCCAAAAACUUUAACUGCACAGGACAGUUUUUGAGAUUACUGAAAGCCAUGAGGAAUUUGGUCUUGGUGUUUUUGGGACUGCUUCUGUUUCCUCAGCAGGCACAUAGCAAGGCAAAUUGCAAGCCAGUAACUGCCAGCUUUUGUCAAAGUGUGGGUUACACCACCACCCUCCAUCCAAGUGGAGUUACAGGCUUCAGCCUGCAGCAGACUGCUCAGAUUGUGGAGACUGCUUGUUCACCGGAGGUCGCCACACUCAUGUGUCGUGUUGUUGUGCCUGAAUGCGGCUCGGAGGACGACAGCCGGAUGAAGCCGUGCCGAGCUCUCUGUGAGAAGGUCAAGAGAGACUGCGAUCCUGCCCUCAAAGCAAAGCGGUUGUUCUGGCCAAUGAGGCUCCGAUGUGAAACUUUACCAGAGUCUAACUGUGUAGGCCUACAGAGUCAAGAAAGAUCUGUCACUCCGACAUCCGCUGCAGCAUGUCAGCCAAUCACGGUCCCACUCUGCAAAGACCUGCUUUACACUGACACUGUGCUGCCCAACAUUCUGCGCCACAAAACUCAGGACGAAGCAGGGGCGGACAUACAACAGUUUGCACCACUUGUAAAAGUGGAGUGCUCUCUUCAUCUGAAGCCGUUCUUGUGCUCCGUCUACACUCCUGAGUGUGUGUCAGGGAAACCUCGGCCGCCCUGCAGAACGAUCUGUGAGCAUGCGAGGUCCGGCUGUGAAUCACUGAUGAACAGGUUUGGCAUUCAGUGGCCUGAAGCCCUCAGGUGUGAAGCAUUUACCACGGAGUCCUGUGAACAAGUCCAAGACACCAGCUUUGCUCUAACAUCCCUGGCAGCAUGUCAGCCAAUCACGGUCCCUCUCUGCAAAGACCUGCCUUACACUGAGACUGUGCUGCCCAACAUUCUACACCACAAAACUCAGGACGAAGCAGGGCUGGAGAUGCAUCAGUUUGCACCACUUGUACAGGUGGCAUGCUCUCCUUAUCUGAAGCCGUUCUUGUGCUCUGUCUACACUCCUGAGUGUGUGUCAGGGAAACCUCGGCCACCCUGCAGAACGAUCUGUGAGCAUGCGAGGUCCGGCUGUGAAUCACUGAUGAACAGGUUUGGCGUUCAGUGGCCUGAAGCCCUCAGGUGUGAAGCAUUUACCACGGAGUCCUGUGAACACUAUGGCGUGGGCAGCAGUGGGGGGGUCUGUGAGCCCAUCACCAUACCGAUGUGCCAGGGCCUGUCCUACAACCAGACCAUCACUCCAAAUCUUCUGGGACACACAAGUCAAAGAGAAGCAGUUGGGAAGAUGUCCUUUUUCAACUCAAUCGUGCAAACUGUGUGCUCAGUGGACAUACGCCUCUUCGUGUGCAUGGUGUACGCGCCCCAGUGUGUGGCGGGGGAAGUGCAGCGGCCCUGCAGGUCAUUCUGUGAGAGAGCCAAACAGGGCUGUGAGGGUUUGAUGACCAGUUUUGGCGUUUACUGGCCAGAUGAGCUGAAGUGUAACUCAUUCCCAGAGGAAAUGUGUAUAUCAGAAGACAGCAGACCUGAGAUGUUGAGAGCUGAAGGCAUUCUUGCUAGGCUGAACGCUGGUGGCUAUUCUGUUCGUGGCAAAUCACUGAGUCUCAAGACAGCCCGCCUACUGUUGACCCUCACGGAUGCAGACAAGUCUAGAGACGUGGAUGUGGCGGAGUUCUUCAGACUGGAGCACUAUGUAGCUAUCACCAGGAGGGAGUAUGUGGAGAGCUACGAGAGCAGGAACCCACCCUCCGUCACUCAAACCCAAAUGAAAAAGGCUCUGACUGCCCGUGAGUUCAAUUUAGAUGAGGACACCUUCAGAGUUCUGUGGCACGACUACAGCUCCACAGGUGGGAUCGACUACGAUGAGUAUAUGGCCGUCAUGACAAAACUUCAGAUUCUCAGAGAACGUUUCAAGGCCCAUCUGCUGGGUCUGCCAUGUGACUGUGAGGUCGGCAGCUUCUCUUUCAAGCAGUUCAUGAAAUCAGCCAUAAUCUGAGGAUCAAACGGCAGCCGAGCUGAAUGGACCAGAGGAGGAAUGUUUUUUAGAAAUUGGUAGCAUAAGUGUUUAGUAACACAGAACUGUAGGGACCAUAUAUAUAUGGUUAUGAAUCCAUUCAUAAACAAACCGUCAUUCUUAUGAAGUACAGAAACAUUUAAGGAGCAUUAAGCCCUGAAAAUAAACUGUGGAUUCUCAUCUGUUUCUUAUCAA